AUGGCACUGAAGUCCUUUAGUCUCUUACAGUGGUCGUAUCUCGACACACGUGGAAGGAACGUCGCACGUUCAAGACACGUCUUCACACUUACGCUAAAGCUUAAACGAAAAGGUGAUGCAGGUGCCCAGGGAGACCACGUAGCUCCAGCUACCAUAGCUCCAGAUACCAUCCAGUUAGAAGAAGAAGAAGAAAGGAACGAUGCACGAGAAGUGGCUCACGGCCAUUAUCUCAUUGGUAGAAGAAGAAGAAGAAGAAGUCUGCCACUGCGGAGGGAGACGAAGAAGAAGAAGCAGUCUGCUUCGAAUGUUGACGUGCUAGAUAAUCUCAAUCGUAUGGCAAAUCGAGGAUCCAAACUUCGCUCCGCCUUUCGAGUAUUCGUCGCUCUCAACGUUCUCUUUGCCGUUUGCAACAUGGUCUGCCUCCACUUACCGCGAAACGAAUCCAAUCCUACCGUACGUACGGUUGCGAACGAGACGCUAACCCUCAAGCCCCCUCAGCACAGGAAACCGCCGCAAUUUCACAACAAACAACCGCGACAGACGAACGAAAGCCGGGAGAACGAUUUUCUGACAAUCCUCAGAAAGAGGGACCGUUUCGUCAUCCGCAGCAACUACAUCGUGAGCAACGAAGCCCCCGGAUACGAUGCAACGGUGACCCUCACCACGCAUGCGACGCACGACUUUCUGCACCAUAUGCCCGUGCUGUGCAGGCGAUGGCAGGGACCCAUUUCGGCGAGCCUGUACGCGCCGGGGACGGAGUACGAAAUCGCCAUCAACAAAGUACUGUUCCUACGAGCCUGCAGUGAUCCGUGUGUGCGCGCGAACGUCACGUGGCAUAUCGUGUACAGUACGGAACACCGCCCAAAAGCAGGCCUUGUAAUAGCUAAUCCGGAAGACUGCUCCGACGACAUCAUGCAUCGCCAGUACGCGAACUAUCGCUCGAUACACAACCUAACCUAUCCUGUAAACGUACUUCGAAAUUCUGCACGAAGAGCCGCUGAGACGAGAUACAUCUUGGCCUCCGACAUCGAACUCUAUCCCAGUGGCAACAUCAUCCCCCGCUUCCUGGACAUGGUGCGCCGACGGCGUAGCUCCGGCGCCCAUGAGGUGUACGUGCUUCCCGUCUUUGAAGUGGAGGCUUCUCAGACGGCACCACUUACUAAGAAAGUGCUGGUGGACAUGGUGCGCAACAAGUCAGCCAUGUUCUUUCACGCGUGGGUGUGCGAAGAGUGCCAGAAGUUCCCCAAGAGGGACCAGUGGCUGAGGUACAUUCCUCCUGGGAACUCUCUAGGUGUAUUCACGACGGUGAAGAGGGGCAAGCAUGUAAAGUACUGGGAGCCCAUAUACAUAGGCACCAACGCGGAUCCUUUCUAUCUAGAAGAGCUCAGCUGGGAAGGCAAGAUGGACAAGAUGGCACAGAGCUACGAGAUGUGCCUCAUGGGAUACAACUUCAACAUCAUCGACAAUGCCUUCCUGGUUCAUGCUCCAGGCAUCAAAACCAUCGUUACAAGCGAAGUAAAACGCAGAGCAGUCUUUGUGAAAGUGAACUACAUAUAUCAUGUUCGUCUAGUGGACAAGCGCAAGAAAGAGUAUGAGAAGAAUGCUAAAAAUUGCAAAUCGCCGGAAGGAUAAUGAACAGGCUGGGUAAUGCUGGAUGUAGUGCUGCAGCAUACUACAAACCUUAAAAAAAAGAAGACGAAAACUUUUGAUCAUAGUUCUUUUCUAUAGAAUAUCCUGUUAUACUUGCUCUUCCUCAAAAGAAGAUAAAUUUACAACGGAGAUUCUAUGCUGGGCAAAGUGCCCACAAGACAAUAUGCAAGAAGACUCAGUAAAAAAAAAGGGCUUGCAAGGCGCUGGUGAGAGUUACCCAUUUACGGCGAAAAUCGAUGGUUUUUGUCAUUCCAACAGGGGAAUCAACAGUACAAAUAGAUUGGGCCCUGCAUCCAAACUGGCUUGAGUCACCAUUUCCCCACUUAUUUCUUCCUGUUGUGGGCAUCACACUGACAUCCACAGCAUGCAUUACAUACAGUUCGGCAGCGUCCACGUGGUGA